UAUCUGUUCAAGUGAAAAUGGAACAUCCUGGUGAUCUGCUACAAGAUGAUGUUAUUUCAAAGUUCAGUUACAGUGAUAAUGAGGAUCAGGAUAGUUCACACUAUAAUGUUAUGAAUGUGAAAACAGAAACUGAAUUUCAAAGAGAUACUGAAUCUGAUUUAGAAAGUACAUCUGAUACAAAGACCAGUGUGAACAUCUAUUGUGGAAGUCAGUUUACUUGUUAUCUUAUAAAACAAGAAGAUCACUUUACAGAAGACGUAAAAUCCCUAAACUACAACAUUAGUGGAGAAACAAAGUUAAGUGGAAAUAACCUAACAACAUUUAAUACACAUCAGUGUGAUGAUAAACUAUACAGUUGUGGAAAAACAUUUGAUAACCUAACACAACAAAAGGGGAUGCACUCAGGAGAGAUACCAUAUCAUUGUACAGUUUGUAAAAAACACUUUAAUAGAAAUAGUUACUUAAAACGACAUCAAAGAAUAGACACUGGGGAGAAACCUUACAGUUGUAGAGUGUGUGGAAAACAGUUUGUUACAAAUAGUACCUUAAAAACACAUCAACGAAUACACACUGGGGAGAAACCAUAUCAUUGUGCAGUUUGUGGAAAACAGUUUGGAACAAAUGGUGAUUUCAAAAAACAUCGUAGAAUACACACUGGGGAGAAACCUUACAGUUGUACAGUGUGUGGAAAACACUUUGGUGCAAAUAGUACCUUAAAAACACAUCAAAGAAUACACACUGGUGAGAAACCAUAUGAUUGUGCAGUUUGUGGAAAACAGUUUGGAACAAACAGUGAAUUAAUAAAACAUCAAAGAAGACACACUGGUGAAAAACCUUACAGCUGUACAGUGUGUGGAAAACAGUUUGGUACAAAUGGUGAAUUAGAAACACAUCAAAGAAGGCACACUGGGGAGAAACCAUACAGUUGUGAAGUCUGUGGAAAACAGUUUAGAACAAUCAGUGCCUCAAAAACACAUCAAACUAUACAUACUGGGAAGAAACCUUACAGUUGUGGAGUUUGUGAAAAACAGUUUAGAACAAUCACUGCUUUAAAAACACAUCAAACUAUACACACUGGGGAGAAAUCUUACAGUUGUGGAGUUUGUGGAAAACAGUUUAGAACAAACAGUGCAUUAAAAGUACAUCAAAGAACACAUUCUGGUGAGAAACCUUACAGUUGUAUAGUGUGUUCUAAACAAUUUAUAUCAAGCUGUAACUUAAAACAGCAUCAAAGAAUACACAAUGGUGAAAACCUUAAAGUUGUGGCAUUUGUGAAAAAGAAUUUGGAACAAACAGUGAAUUAAUAAUACAUCAAAGAACUCGCACUAGUGAGAAACCGUACGGUCGUAUGGUGUGUACAAAACAACUUAUAAAGAUAUCAAAUAGCACCCACUCAGGAAAAAUCUCUCAGUUACUUCAAAAAAUGUAAAAGAUUACACACUGGGUAGGAACCUUACAGUUGUAGAUUU